AUGAACACAAUUAAACUACUAGCUGUAAUAUACGUGCAAACCUGCCAUGGAGUUUACUGGGACCAGAUACAUUGCCAGCUGGAUCUGGAGACGACCGUGCCAGAAGGAACAGUGCCCAAGGAACAGAUCGGCCGGUUCCCCUGGAUUGGAGUCAUUCAGCAUGAUUUCUUAAUGGCAGAGAAGCUGCGGUCUGCCAUCACAGCCGCUGUUCUCAUCCAUCCAGCGUACGCGCUUGCGCCAGCAGAGGACAUGGCCAAAAUUGACCGGAAGACCAUCACGAACACGACGCAUUUCAUACUAUGGUUCAGCGACACGUUGAAACAUGUCAUGGGGGUCGAAGAUUACGUGAUGCAUCACGAGUACGAGCUGGAGAAGACUUACGCCAGCAUCGCUUUGGUGGAGAUUAUCCCUCAUGGAGCCACUAAUAGAGGACACCCUUCUGUCGUUUUCCCGAUUUGCCUGCCCUACAAAGGCAGUGGCACCUUCGAGAACCUGUACGUUGUAAGAAUGACAGACGCGACGGGUGAGCUGAUGAAAGAACUCACCAAAGUGAAUUACGUUGAGAAGGAGGAUUGUGACGGUUUUUACGAUAAAGCUGAGCUAAACUACGAGCUGAUGGUGCCAUCUGAGGCAAUCUGCGCCACGGCUCAGGCCCAGCAGCCCGCCUGCGUGUGGGACGGCGGCGCGCUGCUGGUCUCCAGGAGGGUCGACAGCUGGAUACUGCUCGGUUUUGGCGUACGCGGGCCGGGCUGCGGUGCGCCGGCGCGCUUCAUCAGCGUGUUCAACCACAUAGAGUGGAUCGACAUUCAAAUAACCGCCAUACCGGCCGAAAGAGCGGGGGAAGACACUGGCUAUAUACUGCGAUCCGUGUCACCCAUCGAAAUUGUUAUGUAUAGACCGGGCGAGCAUGCCAAGACGGAAGAGGGACAGUGCCAGGUGACCAAAUCUAAAACCGUAAUAUACAGAGACUCGUCUGAAGUUCUCCUCACCAACAACUACGGCCGGGGCUACUUCUUUAUGUCAAUAGCCGAUCAAGCGGACUUCUCCUGUGUGGUGGUGUCCCUGCACUGCAACCAGCGCUCCAACGCCGCCAUGUGGGUGGAGCACCAUUGUUACCGCGACGUGUCCGGCUCCCACAGAGGGCAGGACAAAAAACGCCUCCAAUGCUACAAAUACUUCAAGAGCACAGCAUACAUCGAGUUCCGCUUCACGUUCUCUUACCUCGCAGAGAUCGAGGUCAAGGUCUUCGGCAGCCGCGUCGAGGAGCCCUCACCACCUGUGGACCCUUGGGCGGGCGAGAUGACUACCCUCGCGUGGUGGCCGACGGAUGGAGAGAGGCACGGCUUCCGAUGGGGGUUGUUUGUGCCUGUCGAUGCUUGGUGGUACUGGAUGUAA